AUGGGCAAAAGGUGUGCUUUCAAAGGUUGCCCAGCCACAACGUCCACCACAUCCCAGAACCUCGACGUGUGCAGGUUUGUGGACGUAGAGGCUAAGGUGUGGGGGCUGGUGGGGGACAGGACGGCAGGGAAGUCUCCCCAGGGCAGACGAACAGUCCACUCUAAGUCCAUCAAGAAGCCAGUGGUGCCGCCUAUUAAGGAGCAGAAGCUGGAAGACCCUCAGGUCUCUGGAGAGCCAGGCACAAAGCCACCCUCUUCAGAGCCAAAGCUGGACCUGCAACCAGAACCCACGGCCAAGUUCCUGUGUACACUCCUGAACGUGACAGAGCCCCCCGAGCCCAAAGACCGUGAAGAGGACUUGGAGAUCCAGGAGAGCCGGUUCCUGGAUAAGGAAGACGGGGGCGCCCAGCAGACCUGGAAGGAAAUUAGCCAUCUGCAGAAUGCUUGCAUGCGGCUUCAGGAGUCACUGAGCACUAUUCAAGCAGACAACCUGGCCCUGGGGAAGAAGCUGCAAAACCUGCCCAACUCGUUGUAUAAGAGACUGAAGGAGGAAGUGAAGGCCGUCCAGGAGGAAGGGAAGGCCGUCCAGGAGGGAGCCCAGGCCAUCCACGAAAUGACGUUGUCCCAGGUGCACAGACAGCUCCAUGGCGAGUGGUGA